CCAAAACCAACCCUCAAACAUGAAAGAUCACGAGAUCAAGAGCCUCCACGGCAACAGAAGAUCCCCAAAACGGUCCAUCUGCCGCUCCAUUUUCACCUCCCCGCUCUUCUACCUCACUCUCGCCUUCCUCGCCUUCUUCGUCGGCUACUACACCGCCACCUCCAACCCAUUCCCCUCCUCCUCCUCCUCCGCCGCCGCCACGAACAACAUCAACUUCCCCUCCCGCCUAGCAGCCACAACCGCCGCCAUGACCCUCCCACCGGAGAUCGACAACUUCCGCGUCGCGCCCAACUGCAUCGACCCCAUCCCCGCCGACCUCAUCCGCGAAACCGUCCUCACGCGCGUCUACGGCGGCGCGUCCCCCUUCGACAACUUCCCCCCUCCCCACGUCGCCAACUCCCUCCGCCACCGCAGCCUCAAGGGCUGGGGAUCCAAGGGCGCCGUCUUCCGCCACCUCAUCGAGGAGGUCCGCCCCAAAAUCAUCAUCGAGGUCGGCACCUUCCUCGGCGCGUCGGCCGUCCACAUGGCCACCCUGACACGUCAGCUCGGCCUCGACGACACGCUCAUUCUGUGCAUCGACGAUUUCCGCGGGUGGCCGGGGUUCAGGGAGCAGUUCCAGUUCAUCAACCACAUCAACGGCGACGUGAUGCUGUUGUAUCAGUUCAUGCAGAACGUGGUGUAUAGUAACGUGACCGACUCGGUCCUUCCGCUCCCGUUCUCGACCGGUUCGACCCUGUCCAGGUUGUGCCAGUGGGGGGUGACCGCGGAUCUGAUCGAGAUCGAUGCGGGUCACGAGUUUAACUCCGCUUGGUCCGAUAUUAACCGGGCGUUCCGGCUGUUGCGACCGGGUGGGGUUAUGUUCGGGCAUGAUUAUUUCCGGAUGGGGGAUAACCGUGGGGUGAGGCGGGCGGUUAAUCUGUUUGCUCAGAUUUAUGGGCUUAGGGUUCAGACCGAUGGCGAACAUUGGGUGAUCCACACCUCCUGAUUUUGGUUCACCCAAGUUUGAACACGAAUUUUGUUUUUUUAUUUUAUACUUUCUUUAUAACGAUGAUCGGUGUCCUGAUAUUUGAAUUUAGGGUAUGAGAGAUAUUAUCAUCCCUACAUUCAUAUUGUGUUUGUUAUUUGGGUUUCGUACUUUUUUAUAUACCAAGUUGAUUCAUUUGCCAAGUUAUUAUGUGUAUGUGAUGUGUCAUAAACCAGUUGGUCCCAAUAACUCGAGUUGUUGGGAGAAAGUUAUGCUGGAUCUUAUACAGGUCCGUGUGUGGUGCUUAACCACUUCCUUACAUGAUGGGAUUCAAAUAAUAGAAAACGUCUUGCAUUUUCCAUUUCUUCUUGAACAAAGAAACUUGACUCUUUUGGUAUUUUCAAACCAGAUAUGAAGGUGCAAAUCAAAUACGGGUUUGAGUUUCAUAAACAUUCCAAUAAAAAUCACGUUCAUGGCCAGGGUGACACUAGCAAUAUACAAGUAAAAUGAGUGUAGAUAACGUUAAUAAUUUUUAACCUUAAAACGCUAACUUCGAAUUUUCAUAUGGUUACACUCCCAAAAUAAAACAUUUUCUCCAGUACAUUUUCAUCUGAACCAACUAAAUCAUAAAUUUAUUUCAGCAACAUCACCAAAUUGAUGAAGAAGGUUGGUUAGAAUAAUUCCCCGCCAUUAACAACAACAACAACAAAAAAAAAAAACAAUAACACGUAAAACAACAAGAAAUCACAUCCCUCCACACUAAACCCUACAUGAAAAAACACAUGAAAUAAAAGAAAAUACUGCUCUAGUUUAAAAUAUUUCAAAGAUGAUAAUUAACUACUACCAAGUUGUAGCUGGCACCUGUCAACCAUAGUAGCUAGCUACUAGCUAAUUAUCAUCCAUAUUUCAAAUUCAUGGCUAACAUCGGAUAAUCUCAAUGAUUCAAACUUAGAGGCAUUUACUCAUGCCUCGUCCUAAGUUAGUUAGAUUCCAUUUGGUACACUUUUUCUAUCUGAAAUUUGUUUACAACUUAUAAAUGGAUGUUAUUAGAUUUAUUCUUUGACUUUUAAUUAUAAUUCGAAUUAUUAACAUCAAUUAGUUCUUCGUAUAAUAUUAAAGUCCUUGAAUGAGAGAUCUAAUAUUUAAAUUCCGACUUCAAAUAACUGCUCUUGAUUUAAGCCUAUAAUAUAACAUAUUUGCACAA